CAUGAUUCAUCAGUAUGCGACACUGGAAAAGGCAAGAGCAAAUCAUCUAUUAGAAAGGUCACAUAUGGCUUCCACUUGGUCGAGGGAAAGCAAGGUCAUGCCAUGGAAGACUACCAUGCUGCUGAAUUCAAGCAGGUGGAUGGCUACGAAGUUGGCCUGUUUGCCAUAUUUGAUGGCCAUUCAGGUCAAGAUGUUGCAAGUUACCUCCGUAACCAUUUGUUCGACAAUAUCCUUCACGAACCAGACUUUUGGACUGACACAAUGAGUGCAAUAAGAAGGACAUAUCAUCGAACCGAUCGUAAGAUUUUGAAGAGGAAAGCAAAUGAUGUAAGGAGAAGGGGAGGUUCUACUGCAGUCACAGUGAUACUGAUCAAUGGUGAGAAGCUGGUGGUUGCAAAUAUCGGCGAUUCUCGUGCGGUCAUAUGCGAGGAAGGCGUUGCCAGACAAUUAUCAGUGGACCAUGAACCACUAAAGGAGCGGCAUGUAAUAGAAAGCAAAGGUGGAUUUGUCACUAAUGAGAUAGGAAAUGUGCCACGAGUCGACGGGCAACUGGCGAUGUCAAGGUCAUUUGGGGACAGGACCUUAAAGGAACAUAUCAGCUCGGAUCCUGAUGUUGUAAUAGAGGAUAUAGAUGAAGAUGCCGAGUUCAUUAUUUUGGCUAGUGAUGGUUUGUGGAAGGUGAUGUCCAACCAAGAGGCAGUGGACACGAUCAAGGACAUCAAGGAUGCUCAGAGGGCAGCAAUGGAGCUAAUUGAGGAGGCACUUCCAAGGAAAAGCAAGGACGACAUCUCCUGUAUUGUUGUGCGCCUACACUAGGUACUCUUUUAAGUGCUCCUGGAUUUGUUCUC